GAUGUGGUACUGCAACAGGAGGAGCUGAAGAUGAAGGUGAGGCUGAAGCUGGCUGGAUCGAAGGUGCUGCCAUCCUACUCUCUGUUAUCUGUGUUGUUCUUGUCACUGCCUUCAAUGACUGGAGCAAGGAGAAGCAGUUUCGUGGGCUUCAAAGUCGUAUUGAGCAGGAACAGAAAUUUACUGUUGUCCGAGGUGGACAAGUUAUCCAGAUCCCAGUGGCAGAGAUAGUAGUUGGUGACAUUGCACAGGUGAAAUAUGGUGAUCUUCUACCUGCUGAUGGGAUAUUUAUUCAAGGAAAUGAUCUCAAGAUCGAUGAAAGCUCUUUAACUGGAGAGUCAGACCAAGUCCGCAAGUCUGUUGACAAAGACCCAAUGCUCCUGUCAGGUACUCACGUCAUGGAAGGCUCUGGACGGAUGCUCGUAACUGCUGUGGGUGUGAAUUCUCAGACAGGCAUCAUCUUCACCCUGCUAGGGGCUGGAGGAGAAGAAGAAGAAAAGAAAGAUAAGAAAGGUGUGAAACAGGAGGAUGGACAUCAGCUUCCAGUAGAGUCUUCCCAUCCCUCCUCCCACCCUCCUUCAGCUACAGAUGGUGCAGCAGGUGCAAAUGCCACUGGUAAUGCAAAUGCCAGCUUAGUCAAUGGCAAAAUGCAGGAUGGGAAUAUGGAGAACAGCCAGAACAAAGCCAAGCAGCAGGAUGGGGCUGCUGCCAUGGAGAUGCAGCCACUGAAGAGUGCAGAAGGGGGAGAAGGAGAUGACAAAGACAAGAAGAAAUCCAACAUGCAUAAGAAGGAAAAGUCUGUUCUUCAGGGAAAGCUGACCAAGCUGGCAGUCCAGAUAGGCAAAGCAGGUUUGGUGAUGUCUGCCAUCACUGUAAUAAUUUUGGUACUAUAUUUUGCCAUUGACACGUUUGUGGUCAACAAGAAGCAGUGGCUGCCUGAGUGCACGCCUGUCUAUGUUCAGUAUUUUGUUAAAUUCUUCAUUAUUGGUGUUACUGUACUUGUGGUUGCUGUUCCUGAGGGACUUCCACUUGCUGUCACUAUUUCUCUGGCUUACUCUGUAAAGAAAAUGAUGAAGGAUAACAAUCUGGUUCGCCACUUAGAUGCUUGUGAAACCAUGGGUAAUGCUACAGCCAUCUGCUCCGACAAAACAGGGACGCUGACGACCAACCGGAUGACGGUGGUCCAAGCCUACGUUGGAGAUGUCCACUACAAAGAGAUCCCGGACCCAGACUCCAUACCCGCCAAAACCCUCGAACUGCUGGUUAAUGCAAUUGCUAUCAACAGUGCUUACACUACAAAGAUCCUGCCACCAGAGAAAGAGGGUGGCCUGCCUCGCCAGGUCGGCAAUAAGACGGAGUGUGGUCUCUUGGGAUUUGUCCUGGAUUUAAAGCAGGAUUAUGAGCCUGUUCGAAACCUCAUCCCCGAGGAGAAGCUCUAUAAAGUUUACACCUUCAACUCUGUGAGAAAGUCAAUGAGUACUGUCAUUAAAAUGCCAGAUGGCAGUUUCCGAAUGUACAGCAAAGGAGCUUCUGAAAUUGUGCUGAAGAAAUGUUCCAGGAUCCUUAAUGCAGCUGGUGAACCUCGGAUCUUCAGACCCCGCGACCGAGAUGAAAUGGUGAAGAAAGUGAUUGAACCUAUGGCCUGCGAUGGGCUGAGAACCAUCUGUGUUGCCUUCCGAGACUUCGGCAGCAGCCCAGAGCCUGACUGGGACAACGAAAAUGACAUAUUAUCUGACCUGACUUGCAUUUGUGUUGUUGGCAUUGAAGACCCAGUAAGGCCAGAGGUCCCAGAAGCCAUAAGAAAGUGCCAGCGAGCUGGAAUUACAGUCCGCAUGGUCACUGGAGACAACAUCAACACAGCACGUGCCAUUGCCAUAAAAUGUGGAAUCAUUCAUCCGAAAGAGUUCAACAGAAGGAUCCGAAAUGAGAAGGGAGAGAUUGAGCAAGAACGGAUCGACAAAAUCUGGCCAAAGCUUCGGGUGCUUGCUCGCUCAUCUCCCACUGACAAACACACUUUGGUCAAAGGUAUUAUUGACAGCACCCAGGUGGAGCAGAGGCAGGUCGUAGCUGUGACUGGUGAUGGAACCAACGAUGGACCAGCACUAAAAAAAGCUGAUGUUGGCUUUGCAAUGGGUAUUGCUGGAACAGAUGUUGCAAAGGAAGCCUCAGACAUCAUCCUGACAGAUGACAACUUUAGUAGCAUUGUGAAGGCUGUAAUGUGGGGACGCAAUGUCUACGACAGUAUCUCCAAGUUCCUGCAGUUCCAGCUCACUGUUAACAUCGUGGCUGUGAUUGUGGCUUUCACUGGAGCAUGCAUUACCCAGGACUCUCCUCUGAAAGCUGUACAGAUGUUGUGGGUCAAUCUCAUUAUGGACACCUUUGCCUCCCUUGCUUUGGCCACUGAACCUCCCACCGAGGCUCUGUUGCUGAGAAAGCCAUAUGGCAGAAACAAACCUCUUAUAUCCCGCACCAUGAUGAAGAACAUUCUGGGCCACGCUGUUUACCAGCUUACUCUCAUAUUUACUCUUCUUUUUGUUGGCGAGAAAAUGUUUAAGAUUGACAGUGGGAGGAAUGCACCCCUUCACUCUCCUCCUUCGGAGCAUUACACCAUUAUCUUCAACACCUUUGUCAUGAUGCAGCUUUUCAAUGAAAUCAACGCACGGAAAAUCCAUGGUGAAAGGAAUGUCUUUGAUGGCAUCUUCAGAAAUCCUAUUUUUUGCACUAUUGUACUGGGUACCUUUGCUAUUCAGAUAGUAAUUGUCCAGUUUGGAGGAAAACCAUUUAGCUGUUCUCCCCUGCAGCUUGACCAGUGGAUGUGGUGUGUAUUUAUUGGACUAGGAGAACUUGUAUGGGGUCAG